CAAGUGCAGGACUUGUUGGUGGUGUCAAUAAGCAACAAUUUCAAAUUACAUUUUUUAUGAUAGGUAUUACAGCACAAUCAUCAAAAGGAUAUUACCAUAAUAAACAAAAUGAAUACUUGGAAAAUAUAAUUAAUGAAGCUGAAACAAGUGCAAAAAUUGUUUUGGCCAAAGCUAUUACACAAAUUAAAGCAAAAGAUGAAAGAAUAUUACCUACCAGUUUUAACUGUUCUUGGUCGUAUUGUCAAAAUGCAAACUAG